UUAAAUGUUGUGUUUCUAUUUUUCUCUGAACCUCUUUGAAAAAUGGAUAUUUUUAUUGUCAAAAGGUAUGAGCCCCUUUAAAUACGGUUCAAUGUGAUUAAAUUAUCUGCUCAUUCCCUAGGAUAGAUAUAACUCUUCCGACUGAAGCUUAAUCAGUCCGUUUAUAAUCGCUCCGAUAACGGAUACUCGCGGAAAAACUGGUCGCGUAUACCGGGUGUUCCGGAGAGGUCGAAAACCGAAAUCCUUUAUUCCUACGUUAAACUGAGCGAUGAAUUGUCGAUUCGUUAUUCAAUAUUAAAAAGCAGCAAAAACUUUACUUUCUAAGGUAGUGUUAAUCAGUGUUACGCAUAUAUUUGCAUAUAAGUUUGACCUGGAGCUACAUGUUUCUCCGACUUGGGAAUGAGCUACAAAUUUGGGAACUGAUUGUUACGACAAAGUGCAAAAUGCCACGAAGAAGUCCCAAAUAUAAGAAGUACGGAAUGUGUUAAGUUAACUUAUUAAAAGCAAAUGUAGUUUUCUAUAUUUCUGUAUUCCGCCGUGCGCGUGGACGGGGACUCUUCCUAGCUCCGUCCGAGACACCUUGUACAGGCGGUCUCUCUCUCUCUCUCUCUUGCGUUUUCGUCGGCUCGCUAUCAGCAGAUAGCGGUGCACCUGAUGGGCCGACGGUGCCCGACGCAGGUCGACGGAGGCCGUCGUUGGCAGUCCGCACCUCGCCAGACCCGCGAACGGCCGGCACCGCACCCGCGAGCAAGAUGGCGGCGACGCACCUCGACAUGGGCCUCCGGUGCAUCAAGUACCUCCUCUGCGCCGUCAACUCCCUCUUCGUGUUGACCGGGGUUAUGAUCAUUUCCGUCGGAACGGCAAUUUAUGCCGUUUACGAGGAUUUUUCACACUUUCUGGAUCCCAGCUACUUUUCCCCCGCGACUCUGCUGAUCGUCGUUGGUGCAUUUGUCUUCGUUAUAGCAAUUUUAGGGUGCUGUGGAGCUCUCCGGGAGAGUACAUGUAUGGUUUUAGUGUUUGCAGUUUCUUUGAGUCUGGUCUUGAUUUUGGAAGUUGCGGCCGCAAUUGCAGCGUACGCCCUCCAAGAUGGCAUCAAGAGUCUCUUAGCGGAGAAAAUAAAUGCAACGAUGCACAUAUACGACACGAAUCACGAGGCUGCCGCUGCUGUAGACUUUAUGCAGUCACGGUUACAUUGCUGCGGUUACUACAGCCAUCGAGAUUGGGAUGCGGUGACGUGGGGCACCGACGACGGCGUAGCAGUUCCUGACUCGUGUUGUGCAUGGAGCACUAGACCCGAUAUAUCGGUCAAUACCACGGUUUGCGGUGGUUUCUACGAAGAGGGCUGCCUCGGACGUCUUUCCAUAAUCGUGCAUCGCAGCACCGUUUACUUGGGCACAGGAGCAUUCGCCAUUGCUCUUAUUCAGUUGACAGGAAUAAUGUUUGCGUGCAUGCUGGGACGCGCGAUCAGGAGACAGAAGACCGAACGGGAGAGACGCCGCUGGGAGCUUCGCGAGAGUCUGGUCAACGGAUACCACCCGGUUGGCAAAUCGGACCCCGUGUCUUCGUUUCCCGUAGUGUACACGCAAUCCCCGGAUUACCCCCUGAAGGAACCCACUAUUUAAUAUCUCCGAUUUAUAAAUGUUUCCCCUCGAAAUAUCCAGUCAUCGGUGGGUUCACUCCGAGCUGAUUCUACAUCGACCAAAACUGGAUAUCGUAAAAGUUUGACAACGAUCGGUUUUUAUUAAAAGCAAAAAUACGCAAGUGUUAAUUCAUUCUAUCGAUUUCCACGAAUUUAUCAUGUAAUCGCCCAUUUUCAUGGGCAAACGUACAAAAGAAUUCUGCUCCAUUCAAAAGUGUAAUAAUAUCCUAAGUAGAUUAUGUCAAUUUUUCUUUCUUCUCGAUUUCAAUAAGAUUUGAAUAACCAUUUCAUUAAUAUCCAUUGGUUAGCUAUCAUUUUGGAGAAGCAUUUGUCAUUUUGCAGAGGAAAAAUGACCUUUCUUGUAAACUCGCGAACGGAAUGAAUAUAAAUCGAAUUACACUAAACUUUUUUUUUAUUACUGAAAUAUGUAUCACUAAAGGAGAUUUAAAGCUUUUUAGCUUGUUUGAUCUAUAACAACUGCUUAUUUUUCGAGAAUUUUGACUAAAAAACGCCCCAAAGUAUUGAUGGCAAUUUUAUGAGAACAUCAUCGAGUUUCCUGACCGAGUGUCAAAACGCGUCAGUAGAAAUGGCGACGUCACUGCCAAAUAACCACUGAAUUUGGCGACCUGGUAGACUUGGUAGACUGGCCCCUUAAGUGUACACUUUAUUCUUUGUACAGUGAUGCAUUAUGUGUACAUCAAAGACGGUAUACAAACCAUUGUAAUGUAUAAUCACUACUUUCUCGCAGCUAUUCUACACGUUACAUCGACGAGAAACGCAAACUAGUACAACUGGCUUACCAGUACACCGUUAUAACUCUCUUACUUGUCAUUGGUAUGAUAUGUAUACUAUCCGAUAUGAAAAUGCUGAGAAAUACAUUAUCGAUACGAUC